GUGGCUGAGCUCAGAGCUGCCACCCGCAGCUCAGAAUCCAGAUUUACUAGUCAGUCAACAAUCAGUCAACUCGAAGCAUGGUCAAUGUGCAUCAAUGCACGCCCACGGCUUCUCCGAUUUGAUCCCCCGUAGUUGCGGUGCUGGUAGUGAGGCUUUCUCACGGCGGAGUAUGUGCUAGCUGUCUUGUAGCCUUCUUUGAAGCGAGGACAAUAUCUUCGAGUCCUGUACCGCCAAGGAGUUCAUGUCAGCGAGGACGGGGCUAGCAAUGCCUUCUUACGUGAUUGUUGGUGGCUCUCGUGGGGUCGGACUCGAGUUGGUGCGGCAGCUAGCAGUGGAUGCAGAGAACGCAGUAUUCGUGGUAGCUCGAAACGAGGCGGGAUCCAAAUACCUCAACGAACUGGUGGAAAAAUCGACCACUGGUAACAUCCACAUCGUACAGGCCGACGUCGUCGAGGCCAGCUCGAUGAAGGCUGCUGCUGCGAGCGUUGCGAAGGCGACUGGCGGCUCGCUGGACGUCCUCAUUCACAAUGCUGCGCGUACUGAGCUGACACAUGCAUUCCGCGGCCUGACUGACUAUGAAGACGACGACACGCUUGACACGGAGUUCAUCCAAUCGUUCAAGGUCAAUGUCCUCGGUGCAAUUCACGCCGUCAACGCCUUCCUGCCUCUUCUUCGCAAAGGUUCUGCGAAAAAGAUAGCUAUCAUCGGCUCGGAGGGCGGGACAUCAGAGUACGCUUGGGGCAUACGUAUCCCAGGCAUGGCCGCGUAUGCCACGACAAAAGCCGCCGAGCACCUGGUAGCGACCAAGUACGCGGUGCUGCUUGAGCCGGAGGGCUUCACCGUCGUGACCAUCAGCCCUGGGCUCGUCGACACACGGGCAACCGCCGUGGAGAAAGCCGAUCCUGCCGAUACAACAGAGAUGGCAGGCCAGAUCGCGCGGUUCCAGGAGGCAUUCACAAACUUCAAAGCAUUCACCCCGGAAGAGGCUGUCAGCCGCAUCUUGUCUAUCGUCGCCGAGAUCAGCCCCAAGGACAACGCGUCGUUCUGGUCGUACUACGAGUGGAGGAAGAAGGACUAGGGUCCUCAAUUCGAACUUCGGAAGACGACUGGUGAUAGUCAUAGUGUCCCCAUGUCCCUGUAUAAGAUCAAAUGCAACAACGAAGGCAACGCAUUAGCGUGGCCCUGUUCGAAACGUGACUGCUAGAAGGGACGGAAAGUGAAGUGUUUAGAAGCAAUACACUGAUACGUUGU